AUGGAGCCGGCCUACACCACCACGGCACACAUUCUCUCGUCCUUGAUGCAAUAUAGACCAGAUCACAUGCCAUGUUCGACGGAGUGGAGGCAUAUUCGAGGGUUGCAGCUCGCUGAUCCUGACCCGUUCGGUUCCGAUCCGAUUGAUUUAAUCAUCGGCGCUGAUCUCUACGGUCGAAUCCUCAGCGACGGACGACGAAUUGGAGGGGGCGAUGAAUCGACAGCUCAGAACACGGUCUUCGGGUGGAUCCUUUCGGGACGGGUCUCUUCCGGGAGAGUCGAAUCGGUCAUUUCCACCUUCCACACCACGCUCGAAACACUUGACCAGCGAUUACGACAAUUCUGGGAAAUAGAGGAGAUCCCAAUCAGUCGUCAACUUAGCCCGGACGAUAAGGAGUGCGAGGACCACUUUAAAACCACCCACACAAGGACGAGAGGAGGUCGCUACAUUGUUACGUUGCGUCUUCCCUUCAAGUCCGCCGAACCGGUGGAACUUGGCAACUCUCGCUCAAUGGCGACAGCUAGUCUCUUGCGACUGGAACGCAGGCUAAGUUCAGACGUCGAGAAACAAACCGCUUAUACCGCCUUCAUGAAGGAAUAUGAAGACCUCGAGCACAUGACACGAAAGGAUCAGGAUGACGCUGCUUCCAUCGGUCAACGCUAUUACAUACCAUACCAUGUGGUCUUUCGGCAGAGCAGCGUCACUACCAAACUCCGUGUGGUAUUCAGCGCAUCAGCCGUAACCACCACCGGUUACUCGCUCAACCAUUUUCUAUCGGCCGGUCCCAAAUUGCAAACCGACCUGUUCACGAUACUAUUAGCUUGGCGACAACAUCGAGUCGUCCUGACAACGGAUAUUGAGAAAAUGUAUUGA